AUGAAGCUUAUGCAGCGAAGACAUAAUCAAUCACAUAUCGUGGAUCAGAUCAAAACUGAUGGAGGAAAGACCAGCCCCGACUCCUUGUACGAAGCUCUAGAGAAGGUGAUCGGAGAUAUGGAUCUGAUCGAGAAAGAAUCCAUGGAAAUCAAACAGACUUUGGGCGUCCAACAUCAGCUGCACACCAAGUCAACGCCUUCACCUUCCUUAAAGUCUUUUCCCACUGCAAAGAAUCAGAGUAGCAUGGUGGGUGCUGAUGAUCUCUUGCUUGAAAUGAAGGAUAAGCUCACUUCUGAUCGUCGUGAUCUACAGAUCAUUCCGAUUGUAGGAAUGGGCGGAUCUGGUAAGACCACUCUUUCUCUGAACAUUUAUCAAGAUCGUCUUAUUGAAGAGCAUUUUGAUAAAUGUGCUUGGGCUACCAUUUCUCAAGAGUAUAGCAUUCAAGAAAUACACAUUAUUCAUCACUUAAAUCUAAAUGUUAGUCAAAAUUUGGGUGUGGCUGCCUUAGGGGAAAUCUUGUAUAAACACCUAUGUGGAAUAAGAUACUUGAUUGUACUUGAUGAUAUGUGGAGUAUCGGGGCGUGGGAUGGGAUUAGGAGGUUUUUACCGGAUAACAAAAAUGGUAGCAGAAUAGUGGUGACAACUAGGCUAUCAAACUUGGGUUCUGAUUUAUCCAGCUCUAAGAACCUUGAGAUGAGUCUUAACAAUGAGGUUGAUAGUUGGGAGCUUCUCUCCAACUCUGUGUUUGGAGAGAAAGGUUCCCACCUGAGUUGGUGGAAAUUGGAAAGAGAAUAG